GCUUCCUGUCAGCUUGGUUGUCCCGCAUGGUGACAGCUGUGGUCCCAAACAAAUCAGAUGGCAUCAGAGGCGCACUACAAAGUCGGAGAUGGGGAAGAGGCCACGAUGAAGAAGGAAACCCUCAACGUUUUGAACGUGCUCAAUCAAAUGUCGAAGCCCUUUCCAAACCCCAAGUCGAUGAACAGGACCAUCACUACCAAAGGACUCCAGCUUUCCUCGACAGGCAGUUUGGUUAACUUCUUGGAGGAAGAUACCAUCAAUCUACCGAAACUGAUACCACUGGAAGAUUCUGAAUGCAGCUCCGAUGACACCAGCGUCUCCCCCGUCUCAUCCACCUUGUUGAAUCCCAUCAAACUGGUUGUGACCCAGCCCAACAGCAGCUUCUUUGCGGGGAUGCUGGAGGGCGAGCUGAACAAACUCAGCUUCUCCUCGAUGGCCAAGAAUACAGAAAAGGGGGACCUGGCCCUCUGCCCCCACCAAUCUAAGUCCCAGAUAGCCCCUGGGGGCAUUCUGGACCUUGACAACCCUGAGCUGGAUAUAGACACCUCCUCGACGUCCUCGGAGUCCUCUGUGAUGGUGGAUGUGCCCGAGGCGCCCUUCAUCUGUGAACACACGGUCAGCGAUUCCACCGCUGUGAUUUCCUGGACCUAUGCCUUGGGCAAGCAGCAAGUCAGUUUCUACCAGGUCCUGUUGCAGGAGGUGGCAAAGAAAAAUGACAAUGAGCCGCCCAAGGCAAAGAAUCGCCCAUGGAUCUUCAACAAGAUCUUGGGCAUCACCGUCAAGCUGAUGGAGCUGAAGCCUAACACAAGUUACUGCCUCACCGCCCGCGCGGCUAACACAGCUGGGGUGGGGAAGUGGUGCAAGCCCUACAAAUUUGCAACCGUGGCCACUGACUUGAACAUCUUCCCCGAUCACAACCCCAUCCAGAUCACCGUGCUACGCAAGGAACCCCAGCGGAAAACCGUGUUCAUCAGGCUGGAGGACAUGCGGAGGCAAGAAGAUCUGCAAUGCCUGUUUCCCUACAAAGGGGGAAGGCUCCAGGAAGCCCCUCACCUACCUUCAGCUUUGGUCCAAGGCCCUCAGGAACUAGAAGCAUUAAAUGGACCACCAGCACCGUGCCAGGGAAACACUGACGACCCCGCCGGCCCAGGGCCUGGUGGCAGUGAUACCAGAACUCCAUAACUGGGCUGGGGCCAAGGCUAGACAGAGCUCCGUUCACGUGGAGACACUGCAGGCCAGGGCAGCCACUGCCCACAGCUACUAGGCCCCCUUCCCCAGAUCUGGGCUGGGUCCAGGUUCUUCAUUAAAGU